AACGGUUUUGUAAUGAACGAGGAAUGUGGGGGAGGACGUGGAUAACCUUGUAAUUGUAUCACUUGCUACCGAGGCUAUUUGGGAAAAACAGUAUCCAACUCUUCUGCUUCCUUUCUCGCUCGCCCCUUUCAGAACCCUCUACUCUUCUUCUUCGGACAAUUCCAAAGCAAAUGACAAUGCUUGGUUGCCCUUUUGCUAGUGCUGGGGGGUGCGGGUGAGAAGAUUGUAAGCUUUCUUUGAAGUUAAGAAGGAGAUGGACAACGGUGGGCAGUAUGAGAGUGUAAGGUACAAACCGGAUUACUACAAAGGGACACAUUCGAUGUGGAACAUGAUGCCCCAGCAUCAGAUGAAGGAGCAGCAUAAUGCGCUGGUGAUGAAUAAGAAGAUCAUGUCCAUCCUCGCCGAGAGGGAUGCAGCCAUACAAGAAAGAAAUGAAGCGCUAUCUGCAAAGAGAGAAGCAUUAGCUGCAAGAGAUGAGGCCCUUCAGCAACGGGACAAAGCUCUUUCUGAAAGGGAUAACGCCUUAAUGGAGAGAGACAAUGCCAUAGCUGCUCUCCAAUACCGGGAAAACAGUCUGAACUUCCCUCUAAAGCACAGUUCCCAGUCCGACAUGGCUGAGGCCAUAAACACCGGGGAGACCCACAUUCCCGAAGCAUUUCCAAUAUCGGCCAUUUCCCCUGAACCAACCAACAUGAAGCUGACCAAAAGGAAGAAAGAGAGGAAGCCGGUACAGUCAAAGGGUAAGAAAGUGGGGGAGGAUCUGAAUCGACGAGUUGCCUCUCCGGGAAAAAGGUGCAGAACUGACUGGGACAGUACUGAUGUGGGUUUAAACCUAGUCAUCUUUGACGAGACGACUAUGCCAGUACCCGUGUGCACGUGCACGGGAUCGGUCCAUCACUGUUAUAAAUGGGGAAACGGCGGCUGGCAGUCUUCCUGCUGCACGACGACACUGUCACAGUAUCCGCUUCCGCAGAUGCUGAACAAGAGGCAUUCCCGAAUGGGCGGACGGAAGAUGAGCGGGAGCGUUUUCAUGAGAUUGCUCAGCCGUUUGGCAGCGGAAGGGCACGAUCUCUCUUGCCCGGUUGAUCUCAAGGAUUACUGGGCCAGGCAUGGAACGAACAGGUACAUCACCAUCAAGUAGAGCCGUGAACACAUGUAAAGUAAUGUUCUUUCUCCUUAUUAGUGAUCAGGAUGAAAUAUGGAAUGAAAGGAUGAAGCUGAAGCUCUCUGUUUGUAUGUUAUAUUGUCAAAUAUGUUCGUUGUAAGGUAGAACCAAAAUUAUUAUAAUCUUUUGAAAUGGGCAUAUUUUUUUUUCAUGCUA